GAGAUAAUGCUAAAUUCUUAACCCACUGUAAACAAACCGCGACACACAUUUCUGGCAGCUUGAAAAGACGUUUGAAAGACGAAAAUAACUUGUUAUGUAGCGAUUACCAGGCGUGAAAUUUUUAUCUUACAAUUAAAAUACCCAGUUUUCCUCAGUUGAACCCUGAAGGAGCCGAUUUCGCAUCAGGCACAACGUUAACUGGCCAGAGGAGGAAUCGGCUCGCUCGAUUAGCUAGCUAGCUAGGGUUAAAAGACGUGGUAAACGUUAGCGCCAGUUUGCUCAGUUUGUUUUUACCGUUUGCUGUCUUGCCAGUUCAUCGCGAGUUGUUUAUUUUAUUUGUUCCUGAUUAAGCUUAAGCUUGUAAUACUGUUGAAAUCGCUCUGCCUCCUGCGAAGAUUUAGUAAAGCGACACGUUUAAGACAUGGUGAAGCUGACCAAGGCCAAAACCUUUCAGGCGUACCUGGACACCUGCCAUCGCAGGUACAGCUGUGUGCAUUGCAGGGCUCAUCUGGCCAACCAUGACGAUCUUAUCUCCAAAUCUUUCCAGGGAAGCCAAGGAAGGGCCUACCUCUUCAACUCAGUGGUGAAUGUGGGGUGUGGCCCAGCAGAGGAGAGGGUGCUGCUGACGGGGCUCCACGCUGUGGCGGAUAUCUACUGCGAGAGCUGCCACACCACGCUGGGCUGGAAAUACGAGCAGGCUUUCGAGUUGAGUCAGAAGUACAAGGAGGGGAAGUUCAUUAUUGAACUGUCGCACAUGAUCAAGGACAACGGGUGGGACUGAAACCGCGUAGCUCUCGCACCUCGGUGAUGUCACCAUCGCCAUGUCAACCAGUCGCCCGUAUGCAGCUUUACAAAGAACAGUCUACUGCGUGUCUUCAUUACCAUUGGCAUCUCAAGCUCUCAUUUUACUGCAAGAUUAAGGAAAUUCAGGGGUUGCGUGUUCGUACGAAAUGGCAAUGAUCCUAUAUUAUUCUCAUACUUAUUCCCCACAUUUUUGUAAAAUCACAAAAUCUUUCCUCUCCGGUUGAGUCGUAGUUGAAUCCUAAAACUGUUUAAAUUUUGAGCAAAGUCCCAAGACAAUGAUUGAUGUUCUUUCCCAAUGAGUCUUUCCAGUUUUAUGUUUUAGAUGGUAUUUGGUGACGGUGUUUUUCUGUGUCGGAGAAGACUGCCCGUUUCUGAGUGUAGUGAGACUACAUAUGGGAAUGGCAAGUAUCUGAAGUCAGAGUAGGCUGGUGUAUAUUGCGCCUGUGGAGUGUAUGUUGAGUGUGAUGUUUUGUGUAGAGCUGGUGUAGGCAGUCUGAGGUCUGUAUAGAUGAGAUGAGCAGGGUGUACUCUACGUGUGUGAGUGUGUGAGAGAGCGAGGGUGAUUGAGUGAAAAUGCGAGUGCAGGAUAGUGUAUGUAUAUUUGUAAAUUGUAUGCAUUUUGUACAGUGUGUGUGUGUGUGUGUGUGUGUGAGUGAGUGUGAAAGAGAGGAGGAGAGAUGCAGUUAAGUGGUAAAUGCAGCAGCUAGUGUUGGUAUUUAAUACAUUUCUUUAAGUCCCCAAACAUUCAGUAGGAGGCAAAUUACCAAUUCUAAUACAUUAUUAGCUGUUCAUUUUAAUCUUUUAUUUUUGAAAUAAAUUUGUUGUAAAUAGUGCCUAUUAUUUUUUGGCAUGUACAGAAAAAUAUUUGAUCAUAUAUUCUAAUGUCUAAUAUUAAAAUCACAAGUGUAUUAAUUGUAACAGACAGAUAAUUUAUGCGGGAUUGUCCAUUAAAGUAUAUUAUUUCAAGUACUUGCAUUAAAGUAUGUGGUAAAAAAUC